AUGAACCCAGCAAGGCCUCCUCCAGCACCCAAAAAGGAGGUACAACUCCAAGGUCCACGCCCUUCCCCUCUCAAAGUCAACAAAGACUCCGUCAAGAUCAAGAAGCCACCGCCGCACCCACACCCGCAUCCAGCAUCCACCCAGCAUCGACCUCCACCUCCACCUCCACAGCCGGUAGUGAUCUACUCAGUGUCUCCCAAGGUCAUCCACACCACUGAAAACGAGUUCAUGUCCUUGAUCCAACGCCUAACCGGCCCUUCCACCCCUUCGCCCUCCUCCUCCCCCGACGGCCUCUCGCCGGCUGCAAGACUCGCCUCCGUACACAAAACAAGCCCUAAUUCAACCUCGGGCCACAACAAGCCCGUGACCACCACCACUAGUAUCAGUACUAGCACUGAUGACGACUUCAUGGCAAGUAUUUUCAAUAUUCCUGAAGAUCAAGGAGGCGGCGGCGGCAGCGGAGGGUCAGUACAACUUGAUGAAAUGGGUCAGUUUCCGGGAAUAUUGUCUCCGCCGCCAGCGUCUCUGCCGGCGGUCACAAGUGAGUUCUUCUCACAGCAUCAUCAGUAUGACGUCAUAAGCAGCCCAAUGUUGAACAAUUGGAUGGGGAUGACUUUUAGCCCUGGUCCGUCUUCGGCUAUUAUUUCUCCCAGUCCUUGCUCAUGGGACCUCUUUAACAAUUUCUUGCACAACUUUUAACAAUUCAACAUUUGCUGCCCAGUCCCCGGUUAGAUUUUUCUUUCUUUUUGGUGUAUUGCCUUCUAUGUUUCUUAGCAUUUACCUUUUGCCUUUUACAUUUUAGCCAUGGUUAUUAAUUUGUUACCCUGAGCCUGAGUCUUUGUAAUCAUUUUGUAAUUUAGGAGUUUUACUAAUUAACUGCUAUGAUAAUUGUUCAUUUCCGACAUGGAUUAGCUACAUUGACUAGAACGAAUGUGUUCCGUUAUAGAAUUCAGUUUCAACUUUGCUUAGUUUCUGUAAAACUAUCACUAUAAAUAGUGGAUUUCCCUCGUGAUUCCCCCCUCCCAUUAUUGAA